CUCUCCUUCAGAGUCGCCAUGGAGACCUACGGGAUGACUGUUGCUAAUCUUGCAGCAUUGAUCGCUGAAAUUCUAGCCGAGGGUUUGGGCGUCAAAGGCACCAAUUACUUUGAAGCGAAUUGCACGUCGAGUACUUGCUUCCUUCGGAUGAACAGAUACCCUCCAUGCCCACUCGCUUCCCAAGUCUUUGGAUUGAUGCCUCACACGGACACUGAUUUCCUCACGUUCUUGUGUCAAGAUAAGGUUGGAGGGUUGCAGCUGAUGGAAGGCGAGAGAUGGGUCAGUGUUAACCCUAACCCAAAUGCUCUCCUCGUCAACGUUGGCGACUUAUUUGAGGCUUGGAGCAACGGCAUUUACAAGAGCGUGAAGCACCGAGUGAUGGCCAGCCAAGAAGUGGAAAGGUUCUCAAUGGCGUUUUUCUAUUGCCCCUCCAUCCACACUUUGAUCGAAAGCCCCCUCAAGCCAGCCCUGUAUAGAAGCUUUAGCUUCGAAGAAUACACAGCGCAAGUUCACAGGGAUGUUCAGGCCACAGGUGACAAAGUCGGCCUCUCUCGGUUCCUAAUUCAGUGAAAGUAUACUACACCACUCUAAAUGUAUAUUAUUAUAUACAUAUAUAAAUGUGUGCAUAUGGGUGGUAAUUUUGUGGUAAUUUUGCUUGCGAGUUCAGGCUCACAUGCCCUCUCUCCCUAUGUCAAAUAGAACUUUGUUUGUUGCUGUGUGUAUUUACAUGAGUUGGGGUCAGGGAAGUUGGUGGUUCUCGUUCUUUGUUGAUCGAAUCUUGUACCUCUCUUCCAGUUUACAUGGAGAGACGACGCAUGCCAUCUUUUCUUCGCUUUGUUCUCUUUGGAGUCGGUAAGGUAUGAGGGAUUGGA